AUGUAUUUUGAUAAUUUACUCAUUUACGCCUGUCUUUGUUCGCUUGUCCUAUCCGCUUAUACUGGAUUCCAGCCAGCUGCGGAGUUGAACACGACAUGGAACGUCACAAAUGAAACUCAGGCCACCAAUUCUUCCCUUCCAGCUUUGAGACAUCAAAUAAAGUGCCCUUCCUAUCCGCUUCUCCGAAGUGGUGACCAAAUAAGUCUUGAAGAAAAGAAUUAUGUCAUGCACAGGAAGCAGGAAGCCAAAAAACAUGUUGUUGACCUUUUCACUCGCUUUAGCAUUGAUGAAAUAAGUUCCGCAUUUUUUGACAACUAUACCCCCAGUAUAGCUAUAAGCUUAUCGGGAGGCUCAUUUAGGUCUUUCCUUACUGCUGCUGGUGUUUUAGAAGCAUUUGACUCUCGGACUCCCGGAACAACAGAGUAUGGUUGUCUUGGAGGGUUAUUGCAAUCGACCACUUAUAUGGCUGGAGUCUCUGGUGGUUCGUGGUUGAUUCUCUCGCUAAUGCAAUACGAUUUUGGACCUAUUAGUGAGCUGAAAUCAAAUGGAUCUUGGAAGCUCAACUCAUCAUCAUUGCGAGGGCUGCCCGAGCUCAGCAUCAAUUUCAAAGACUCUCAAAGACUGUUAGGGGAUUUUCCAACCGAUAUCCCGACAAUUACUGUGAAGACAUCAAAUUCAUCAUCGUCUUUUAUGGUAUACUUCAAAAGUUUGUUCAGGCUCAACCAGUUGAAAAAGAGCAGCAAUGAAAUGGACUCAAUAUGGAACGAAGCUUUACAAUUUUAUGAGACGCUACACGAAGAGGUCUCGCGACGCAAACAACAUGGAUAUAAAACCUCUCUUACAGACUACUGGGGCAAAGCUAUUGGUGAUAUUAUCUUCUCCAGCAGCGGUCCCCACGAUAUGACAAUGUCCGGCGCGAGAAGCUUAUCAAGCUUCAAGAAUCAUACGCUACCUUUCCCAAUCAUCCUGACCAAUUCUAAAAACGUCGACAAAUCGAACGAGGGUCACAGAAGGAUAUUUGAGUUCAAUCCAUUUGAAUUUGGAUCUUGGGAGGAACACCUUAAAGCUUUCGUAAAGUUGGACUACUUGGGAACAAAGAUGUUGAACGGCAAGCCACUGACAGGUUUAUGCACUAUUGGUUACGAUGAAAUGACCUUCAUAGCCGGAACUUCUUCAAGCUUAUUCAAUAGUAUUCUAAGUCACUUAUGGAAAUAUAUGGCUAAAUCAAAGAAACAAACUUAUGACUCUAUGAAAACCAUUCUUAAUGUCUUUGGAUUGACUUCCUGCGAAGACAUCAAUGCCAACAAGUACGUGUCAGAUUAUGCGCUCAUCUAUCCAAACCCAUUCUACGGUUAUGGCAAUACAACUCUCUCAAGCACAAUCCGAAAUUCCACAGAUUUAUAUCUCGUGGAUGGAGGGGAGGAUGAGAACAUUCCUUUCCAGCCAUUCCACCAAAGAACAAGGAGCGUUGACGUAAUUAUCGCAAUCGACUCAAGCUCUGAUCUUGACAACUUUCCUAAUGGAACAAACAUUGGCUUCACGUCAAAUCAAUAUCAAAGCUCAAAAUCGUUUUUUGUGUACGACGAAAAACGCUAUGCCGUAUUUCCCAAUAUCCCAUCUCCUGAUCUGUUUGUUGAGAACAAGCUUAACAAACGCCCUGUGUUCUUUGGUUGUCAUAUUAAGUCAGCUUACAAAUAUUUGGGUGAAGCAUCAAAAUACUCCAAUGAAACCUCAGAAAGCUGGCUGCCCCCGCUAAUUGUGUAUAUACCUAAUACUGGGUAUACAACAAAUUCCAAUAAGUCAACAUUCAAGUUGAGCUAUGAACAGAAUGAGAUGGCAAUGAUGAUUGAGAACGGGUACUCGGUGGGAACUUACGGGAACAACUCCUAUGACCAAAGCUAUUUUCAGUGUAUUGGGUGUGCCAUCAUCAAACGGGAACUAGAUACGACAGGUAGGGACAUUCCUGAUACAUGUCAAAAGUGUUUUAAGAAUUUCUGUUAUAAUUAA